GCAUCGUUCGCUCGACUACAGUCAUGCUCAAAACGCGCACGGUCCUCAACGUGAAGGAGGCGCAAGUCGACCGAGCAGCACGCCAAACCCCACCCUACUCAAUCUCAAUCACAUCCACCAUCCUCCCUCCGGCCCUCUCAAGCAACACCAACCCAUCCUCCUCCAUCCUCCUCCUUUUACUCGGACUCUCCUGCCCCGCAUCCGGCACCCCCGCCCCCCUUGCCUUCAAGUUCCCGUUACCGGCGCUCCGUCCGUGGUCGCCGUCAUCGUCCGUAGGCGUGCGGCGGUUGGGCGAUGUGCCCGAGAGCCCCUGCGCGGGCGUUUUCUCGGGUGACACGGGCGUUACUGGCGGGAGUGAUGAACUUUGGUGAGACGGGGAGCGACGAUGGGAGGACGAGCGCGGGACAUCGUGUGUGGGUGAUUUGGCCUGGGUUGGCGGGUAGCAUCCAAUCGAUGAAACGUCAGGGGAGGAAGAGCUACUCACAGCAACGCAGCCAGCCCCACGGCAACUGUGCCCAUCUGCUCUUCCUCAUCCAUAAUCGUCACAAACUCGCCCCUGCUCACGCCCAGACUCCAGCAUCCUAUCCAUAUUAUCCUCCCAAUCUGGAUCCUCGAGCACCCGCUUAUCCUCGUGCACGCUCACCUCCCUCCUUCUCCCCCUUCCUCGCCAUCACCGCCCUCACCAUCCCUCGAUAUCCCCUCGACCAACUCCUGCAGCGUCACCCACACGGGAUCCGCCGUCCUCCCCGGCCCUCAGACGCACCGCUAGCCGGACCGCGCUCCCGAUCAACAUCGCAAAGUUGUCUUGCAUGCUCAGCCGGCGUUGGUCCUUGAGCCCCCCAUUCGCAUUCGCCGCUGCUGGCCCAGGUGCCAUGUCCGCAUUCUGAGCGCCCAAACUUGCGGUGCUGGUACCGGCGCCCGAAUCGUGCACGGACAUACCUGCGAUGCCGUUCGUGAGCACGUGCGAGCCGGUAAAAGACGCACUGGUGCCCGCGGCGGCUGGCUGCAUGAGGAAGCUGAACGCGCCGUUCUGGAUGAGGGGCGUACGGAGCGUGAAUUGUUCGAGCUUGCUUCGCAUACUACAGUAUGUCUGCGCCAUUUCCUUCUCCAGCUCCAGAAUCAUAGCCAUAAUCUGCACCCGCUCCUACGGAAGAGAAGCCACCAGUCGAACCAUCCGAGGCUAUCGAGCCUCCCCCCAUCUCGGACGAACCUCCCGCAUGCUUCGAGGAAACGCCCGCACCGCCUCCACAAUCUAAAAAACCACCUCCACAGCGCAUACCCACUUUUUCAGCACCCAUACUUACCGCCUCCACCACCUCUUUAACGUCCACGUCAACAAAAACACCGCGGCAUCAUCACGGGCAAUACCGUGCGCUCCCUCGGUGGGCUCACAGGUCUGUUUGCCGACCAGACGCUGCAGUGCGCACCGAGCGUCGUCAUCCAUGUCGAGCGCGUCGCACGCGCUCCCGUCUUUUUUUUUUAAGAUUCAACGUGCGCCCUCGUCGAUACUGCCGUUGGUGUGCGCGUCGAAUGACUGCGGGAUGCGCAUGGGAAGAAGAAGGGUACGUGGGGUAGUGAGGAGAUGGGUAGCUGGAGUGUUAGGCUCGGGGUGUAGGAUGCUGUCAGAAUGGGGCUGAGGGCGGAGUGGAUUAUUGGACCGAUUUUGUUGCGGUUUGUAUCGUAUGCUUUUAUUCUGGUUUCCUUUGUAGUCUCCUGUGUUGAAUUAUACUAAUGUAAC